GCCCUGCACUCACAUGUGACAUUCUGCCGCAUUAUUUAUAUUAUUGCAGAAACAAAUUGCGGUUUAGAAAAAUGAGCUCAGAAGGCGACGAAGAUACAAUUGUGUGCUUACCAGGAGAACGCUUGUGCCGCAUAGAGGACAAUGUGGUGUUGGGCAUAGGCACGUACGAACAGAACGGCUAUAUAUACGCCUCCAAGUCGGGGGUCGUCAACAUUGAAGAAUCUGGAGAAAACUGUCAGGUUGUGAGCGUCCACAAGCCGGGCUUCCACCUGACCAUUCCGGCUACUGGGGACGUCGUCACAGCCCGCGUGCUGGUCACAACACCAAAGUUCGCCAAAUGUGCCAUCUUCUGUGUGCGAAACGUCUUGCUGGAGAGCAGCUAUCGCGGUCUACUGCGAAAGGAGGAUGUGCGGGAAACGGAAAAGGAUCGUGUCGACAUAUACAAGUCCUUCAAGCCGGGCGAUGUGAUACUGGCUCGUGUCAUCAAUCAAAUGGAACAAUCAUUUCUCCUAACCACUGCCGAAACAGAGCUCGGUGUGGUGGUGGCCUAUGCCAGCGAUGCUCGCAAAACCCGUGUGCCUAUGGUGCCAGUGGGCUGGAGCGAGAUGCAGUGUCCACUGACUACCAUUAAGGAGCCCCGCAAAGUGGCUAAAGUUCUGCCUGAAAGUACAAUAAAUACCAUCAAUGCUCAGUAGUUUCUGUAAAAGAUAAGAAAUAAUAAUUUCCUUUUAGUUGGUAAUUAAUUCUGUAAAGCUACUAUAUCCAUACAGCAUGCACGAAACUCUUGUAUCGUAAUCAUCUGCUUGUUGUGAUCACCCUUUAGAAAAGAGUGAAUGAACUCUAAGUUUCCAUGGCUACCGCGUUGCUUCUUAUAACUAUAUUUUGGCUAGUUUCCACGGUCCUCAUGCCAAUUAAAAUGUAUUAUUUUAACCCUAGCAUUUGGCUGGCAUUUAAAUGUAU